AUGGAUGUCUUACUGUUUCUUGUGUACGUCCUCUUCGCAGCGCUCUACCUCGCUGUGAAAGGGCUCGUGAAGGCAGUUUUGGUCUCGGUUACCUGGGUGACUUCCAAGAUUCUCCUGCGUUUUCGUCGACUCUGUCGAGAGAUCGUCGGUGCUGUUGACACAUCAUGGAUUCCGUGCAGCUACUUCGCUUCCGUUUGUGACAACGAAGUACCUCCGGCCACACGCCUUGUCGAGGGACCGCGUUUGAGCAAGACCGAUGUGUGCCAAGUUGAGGUACUGGAGGCCACUCCAGAGAGUUGUAAGGCCUUUCAACCGGACACUCGUCGUCUUUGCCAACAGAACAUUCACAUGGUCAGAAAAGACUUCUUCAAAAUUGCAGGUGUUCGGUAUGUGGUCGAGCCGCGAGUCUCCACAGUCCAGAGUGCAGCCACAUCGAUCGCGAAAUGCUCCACGAUCACCACGUUCGCCAGUGUGAAGGAAAACCGUUCACUCGCUACGAAGCAUAUCCUCAUCGAGGAGAUUAAACUUGUGGAGCACUCUGGUGGUGAGUUCUUCAACCUUGUCGAUUUUUCAUCUGCUGUCUGCUCUGCCGGCCUCGAAGUUGGUUCCUUUCUUGUCUCGGUCGACGACGGAAAUCAUAUAGUCGACCGACGCAACAUGGCGAACGUUCCAACGGGCGCUGGAGGCAAUUUAUGGGCCGUCUCUCGCACCGCUUCAGGGCAGCGGGACUCAAUACCUGUGUAUAGCGUGUUCACUGUUGUACAUAAAUACAUUGUUCGUGUUGUUCUCAUGGCGCUUCUGCCUGUCUCUGCGAAUGACCAGGUUCGGUUGAUCAAGUGGCAGUUCACACCAGCCUAG